UUAUUUCUCUAGACAGUUAAAGUAUGUCAGAUCAUCACAGCAUUUGACGGUUCGCUUAAGUUUCCUCAGGCUAAGCCUGGACGGGUCGUUGCACCAUUAUUGUAUUCAUGUUCAUGCUGUGGAAAAAUUGUGGAUGGGAGAUGGAAUUGAACCAUCAUGGAAUGAGCCCAGACCGAAGCACAACCGACUGUGCCACCAUCCAACCCACUGCUGGGUUAUUUAUUUUCAUUUAUGUUCUUCUGCAAGUGCGGACACAACAAGAAGCACUGUGCUUUAAUUAG